AUGCUGAUGGCAUUUUCUUUCAAUUCCUACAGGGCUAUUGGAACGGGCAAGGUUGCUACCACGGAACAGGCACAGGAAGUCCAUGCUUCGAUCCGCAAGUGGCUGGGUGACAAGAUCUCCACCGAUACCGCAGAGAAUGUCCGUGUGAUCUAUGGAGGAAGCGUUACGGAAAAGAACUGCAGGGAUCUGGCACAGCAGCCGGAUGUUGAUGGAUUCUUGGUUGGAGGGGCUAGCUUGAAGCCAGCCUUCAUCGAUAUCAUCAACUCCCGCCUAUAA